GGUGUAGACACAUAAGGUGCUCCAGUCAAGCACUAUAUACUCGUUGCGACAGCCUGCUAUCUUCAUCAUUUCAGUAGCGGAACAGCCCAUAAAAUAAACAGUCUGUCUGGAUUUUUUGUUUCAUCAUUAAUAUAUCAUAAAAUGUUACGAAUUAAAUUCGUCUUACUGAUUUUUACUAUACAGACACAAUGGGCUCAUGGUCAGAACAAUCAUCUUCCCACUCGACUCAUUCCUCCUCCAUCGAACUUGAAUAUUGUUAAUAUCAGAAGAACUCAUUAUCCAAUAUCGCAAUCAGCACUUCAUCUCCAGUCCGGCGCCAGUAUGCUGGCGAAGUUACAUACAAGCAACGCUCGUGGUCCAGCAAGUUUGUCGACAAGAUUUAACACGCCUGCUGAGCAAUUGAAACAUCUUAUGAACACUAACUUUCAUCAAAAUAUGUUAUCAUUUAACCGAGGAUUUUCACUCCCUCCUAUGAAUUGGCAAAACAACAAUCAAUUUUCAGUAGGUAAAUAUCACACGACUUCUUCAUUUGUACCUUCUGCGCGGCACAUCACGAUGAGCCCUAAGUUCAAUGCUGAGCUGUCAAACGAGAAGUUAAAAUCAAUAAGGUUCCUUGACAAUACUUUGGAUACAAGGAAUUCGGCAACAGUUACUCCAGUAACUAAGCCUAGUUUACCGUCGGACAAAAAAAUUGGUAAGUCCACUUUUCCUGAACCACAAAUUGUGUGGGGUGAUUCGCACAGGCCUAAAUUAUUGACUCAAUACGGAAAAGAACUUGCCGCACAAAAUUUAUUGUACCCCCCACUGAAAGAUAUUUCAUUUCAAAAGGAUGGAAUUUAUGAUAAUGGUUCUUGGAAACCCCUGCAUCAACCAAUCGCCUCGCAAAUUGAAAUGGACAAGGAAAAUUUGCCGUCUUUCGAUAAAAUUUCAAAUUUAUUUGCUUCAUGGACAGCUCCAUUGCCACUUACCACUCAAAAUCCCAUUCAAAAUUUGUACGUCAAAACAACCCCAAAGCCCCAACAUUUUCUUUCGCCUUCGUUGAUCUUCAGAAGUGAUAUAGGCAAGAGGCAAGUUUCCGCACGCGCACAAGAAUUGGCUCCAUUCUUCGUUCGAUUUUCUACGACUCCUCCUGCAAAGUUGGAAUCUUCGGAGUUUGUGAUUCACUUGAACUCUACGGACCGAGUACAGAAACUUAUGAAUUUUUUAAGCAAAUACCUGCAAAGUCCCUCGCAUCAGUUGAACAAAGAAUUGCACGAAAUAUCUGCACUUGGAAGCAGUGAAUUUGCUCCGUGGUCAGACGACUUCUAUUUGACCACUUCAAAUCCUCCAAAUAAAAUCCCAACGAGCUAUCAGACAAAGUUCCGUAACGGGUUUUUGGAUUUGCUUUAUCUCAACAACCAAACGGAUCAUCGCGACCUGGCUAAUAUCGAUGAAGAUGAUUUUAAAAACUUCUCAGGAACGACGAAACUGUUCGACAACUUAGUGGAAGUAAUUUCUUCUGAAGUUGUAGAGCCAUUACAAAACCCUCAAAACUCCAUUCGUGUUACACCGCAACCUGUAAAAAUUGACGUUUUUCAAGAUUUUGAUUCAUAUGACACCGCUUCCUUUGAAGGAGACUUGAUUUAUUCACCGUCAAUUUCAACGCUCCUAGGCAUCUCUACUGUGUCUAAUGUGACUAUCGAAUCAAAUUUUUCUGUCAUCAGCAAUGAAAACGAAAUUGGUCUCACAACACACGAUGAUGAGUUCGACUUGAACGCAGUUAAAAUCUCCGCAAAAACAUCAGAAUGUCCUAAACUCUACGGGAAAGUUGACUUGCUGUGUGAAAUUAAUUCGAACGAGACACAGAACUUGACCUGGAAGAAGCGCAUGUACUCGGACGAUGGAGAAGAAUCCGAGCAAAUGCUGUCGCACGGCAGCAAGAUGAUGUUGUCUGACCCGCGCAUAUCAUUGCUACGUGUCCCUCCUCCCAACACUUACGCUCUGCGCAUCACUGCAUUCAGAAGCCGCGACGCUGGCACCUACGAAUGUCAGCUACGGUCACCAGAGGGCCACCCCAUCGCUUCGUCUCAAGUCUUGGUCAUCAUGUGCUUUUAAUCAUGCUUGAACUAACACUAUUCGUGCAACCAUGCUUUUAAUUUUAACAAUUAUAAUAGACUCGUAGUUCAGCUCGCAUUGCCCAGGAUUGUUAAUUAUGGCAAUUUUGGAAUCCUAUUUUCGCGUAGUUACCGUAAUCUUCAACUCCACUAGUGCAGAUAUCCGUAUUCUGUUGUUAAUUUAAAUUAAUUAAUUAAUUAACCCUUUCACGGGCAAGUUACCAAAUAUGGUCACUUGAAAUCGUGUUACAAAGAGUCUCACCAUGGCUUCUGCUCUAGGUUUGAGGCUUCCUUAUCUUAAUCAUCAGUCAAUCACUAAUUAUCUGAUCAUCGUUCCAUGCAUAGCAUUACCACCUAUCACCUACCAUCCUCAAAAAUUAAAGUUUCAGCUUGGAUGACAAUAUUGACGCUCUUUCUGCAUUUUUUAAAUGACGGAUGUAUAA